AUGAAUGAACUGGACCCACGACUUUAUACUAUCGCCUGGAUAGCACCACUCGAAAUCGAGGCCCAAGCGGCUAUAUGCAUGUUGGACAGAAGACACGAAGGACGGUUUCCUCUCCAGCGUGGAGACGACUAUGUAUUUCAAGCCGGCGAUAUCUGCGGACACAACAUUAUCAUUGCCACGCUGCCAGCGGGUCAAGAAUACGGAACAGGAUCCGCCGCAGCAUUGGCCAGCCAAGUUAGGAAGUUUUUCCCCAAUCUCUGGUUCGGCUUGCUCGUGGGUGUAGCCGCCGGGUUGCCUAGAUUAACGGGUCCCUCGCCUCGCGACAUCCGACUAGGAGAUGUCUUGGUGGCGUUGCCCGAGGGGGAGAGUGCUGGCUUAAUUGCCUAUGACUUGGGCAAAGAUACUGCAGAAGAUGGCUUCCAGCUUCUUCGAGGCGGUCAUGUCUUAGCGAUGACUGAGACCGUCAUAAGGUCGGCGAUCGGCAAUAUCAGGCUUCACGCACCCGAUGAUGUGAAAUUGUUUUCCCAUUUUUACGAGACAAUAAAAGACAAGCGACAUGCUAGUGGUACAUUCGCCGAUCCGGGGCAAGAUGCAGAUCGACUCUAUGAAACCGACGAUUCAGGAACAACAAAACCCCAAAGCAGAGAGCGCAGGCCCGAUGAUAUACGCACACGCGUUUGGUACGGCCUGAUCGGCUCAGGAGACAAGCUCAUGAAGAAUGCAGCCAAGCGAGACGCGUUGAGAGACAAGUACGAUGUUAUCGGCAUCGAGAUGGAGGCAGCUGGGACGAUGAACCGCAUCCCUGUCGGUGUUAUCCGCGGAGUAUGUGACUACGGCGAUGAGCACAAGAAUAAAGCCUGGCAGCCAUACGCCGCGGCCAUGGCGGCUUCUUAUGCCAAGGCAGUGUUGCAGCAAAUAGGGCCUCGCAAGGGAUACGAUGACGAAGCGCAGCGUCCCACCCGACGAGACAAAACAAAAACUUCACAGGGCGAGAACCUCAAAUUGAGGAGCUUUGGCCAAUACUCCAUAUUCUGGAUGCCUGCGCAAAGCAUGCCGGCUUUUGAAAAGACCGCAACGGAACUCGUCCAAAAACUUGGUAUCCACUGUGGUGACGGCGACGACCCCAAAGAGGCUCUCCGUACAUAUCUAUCUUCAGAGGCUGCUGAAAACUGGCUGCUUAUUCUUGACAACGCAGAUGACAUGGAAAUGAUCCUUGGUUCGCCAGGCAAGUCGACUGGCCUCUUUGAUGUUCUUCCACGAAGUCCAACUGGACGGACCCUCAUAACCACGCGGUCUUCACAGAUCGCUGUUUACGCCGGAGGCGUGGAACUACUAGAGCUCACGGGAAUGACUUCGAAAGAGGCCACUCUGUUCCUGGGAAAAUCUCUAGUGGAUAAGACUCAGAUCAGGCAGGUUGGCGAUAUUGCGGAGCUUCUGGAGAAGCUCGCAUAUAUGCCUCUGACGAUGGCACAAGCGGCAGCCUAUAUGAACAUGAACAAGAUGCCUAUCAUUGCGUAUUUGCGACUCUGCAACCACACAGAUCACGAUAUGAUCAACCUUCUCAGUGCACAGUUGCGCGAUGAGACACAUUACAGCAACACACAGGGCGCGGUGGCGACGACAUGGAUAGUAUCUUUCAAUACUAUCUGCCAGACUGAUCCAACCUCCGCCCGUCUUCUUUCGUUCAUUAGGUGGAUAGAAUCAAAGGCAAUUCCACGGACCAUCUUUCCUGAGGCUGAAUCUGAUUGGGACCUGACGCAGGCGAUAGGGUUGCUUUGCGGAUAUGGUUUUCUCAGCUGGCGAGAGGAUGGCCAAACCCUGGAUAUGCACAGCUUGGUUCAUCUGGCACUAAGGUUCUGGCCUAGUCAACAUGAUGAAGGUUUCAUGACAGAGAUGAAUGCUAUUGAGCAUCUUACUCGGAUAUUUCCGUGGGCCGAAUGGGAGAACAGGUUACUGUGGCGACAAUAUUUCCCACAUGUUCUUCCUCUAGUGCAAAGUGUCAAAAUGAAGCAAAACACAGGAAGAGAUGUUCUAGGAGAUAAAAUUGGGAAAUGCCUGCUACAAGAUGGUCGUAUAAAGGAAGGAGUCGAAGUACUACAAUCAGUGGCGGCAAUCCGGGAGAAGAUAUUAGUAGAGGAUCACCCUGAUCGGCUCGCCUCACAGCAUGCGCUAGCGAGUGCAUAUGAAGUCAACGGCCAGGUCAAGGAGGCGGUCGCUCUCCUUAAGCAUGUGGUGGCUAUCCGGGAGAAGAUAUUAGCAGAGGAUCACCCUGAUCGGCUCGCCUCACAGCAUGCGCUAGCGAGUGCAUAUGAAGUCAACGGCCAGGUCAAGGAGGCGGUCGCUCUCCUUAAGCACGUGGUGGCUAUCCAGGAGAAGAUAUUAGUAGAGGAUCACCCUGAUCGGCUCGCCUCACAGCAUGCGCUAGCGAUUGCAUAUAUAUCCAACGGCCAGGCCAAGGAGGCGAUCGCUCUCCUUAAGCACGUGGUGGCUAUCCGAGAGAAGAUAUUAGCAGAGGAUCACCCUGAUCGGCUCGCCUCACAGCAUGCGCUAGCGAGAGCAUAUAAAUCCAACGGCCAGGUUAAGGAUGCGAUCGCUCUCCUGAAGCACGUGGUAGCUAUCCAGGAGAAGAUAUUAGCAGAGGAUCACCCUGGUCGGCUCGCCUCACAGCAUGAGCUAGCGAGUGCAUAUAAAUCCAACGGCCAGGUUAAGGAUGCGAUCGCUCUCCUUGAGCACGUGGUGGCUAUCGAGAAGACAUUAGCAGAGAAUCACCCUGAUCGGCUCGCCUCACAGCAUGCGCUAGCGAGAGCAUAUAAAUCCAACGGCCAGGUUAAGGAUGCGAUCGCUCUCCUGAAGCACGUGGUGGCUAUUGAGGAGAAGAUAUUAGCAGAGGAUCACCCUAGUCGGCUCGCCUCACAGCGUUCACUAGCGAGAGCAUACGAGGCCAACGAUCAGUUCGAGCGGAAGUCUAUACACCGUUUCAGAUGGCGGGAAAAUAUUCGCCAAACUUAA